CCUAUUUCAGAAGUUGGUGUGUUAUACUGCAAUACUACCCAAGAUGAAUUUUCCUGCUGGCCUGCUACCCCAGAGGGUACCUACGCAACAAUCCCCUGUCCUAAAGAUCUGGAAGUCGUUGACCCAACCAAAAAUGCUACAAGAUUCUGUGGCGAAGACGGUGUUUGGGCUAAAAGAUCAAACUACAAUGACUCGAAUACAGUCAACCAGAGCCCUCGACAUAAAAAAAAACAUUAUGUAGUUGUAUUGAUAAUCUAUAACGUUGGGUUUAUUAUCACUACUAUAGCGCUGGUAGCGGCUCUUAUUAUAUUCCUGUACUUCAGGAGUUUACGAUGUCUUCGAAACGUCAUUCAUUGCCACCUGAUAGUUACCUUUAUAUUACGUCACAUCUUGUGGGUUAUAAUGCAUAACGCCCUGGCCGAAACAUUCCAUUUCAUUUUUUUUCAGUGGUUAUGUAAGCUAAUAGUAACGGUAUAUAACUAUCUCCAUGGUACCAAUUUUUUCUGGAUGUUUGUGGAGGGUCUCUACCUAUUCACCAUAAUCGUGUGGGCGUAUUCUGCUGACAAAAUACGAAUCGGAUAUUACGUCAUCAUUGGUUGGGGUAAGUAUUGCGGUGGUUUAUUAUUUCUUUUGGUAGAUGUUAUGUUAAUGUUGUUUUCUUUCAGCUGCUGGAUGCCGGUGACUGAUACUCACUAUGACUAUAUUCUUCAUGCACCGAUUUUCUUUGUGCUAGUGAGUAAUAUAUUUUUUUUAUCGGCCAUAAUCUGGGUUUUGAUCACCAAGUUGAAAGCAUCUCACAAUCUGGAGACCAGACAAUAUAGGAAGGCAGUUAAAGCUACCAUCAUCCUAUUUCCACUACUAGGGGUGACCUAUGUUUUAUUUCUAAUCCCACCCAGUGAUGAUCUAGUGGUUCAGUUGGUUUUCAAAUACGCCAACGCACUCCUACAGUCUUUUCAGGGACUGUUUGUAGCUGUAUUUUACUGCUUCUUAAACGGAGAAGUAAGAGCUGUAUUAAGAAAAAAAUUCUCAAAUUUUCAAGAAAGUCGUAGUAUUAUCACUCGAUAUACAAAAACAUCGUAUGUCGGUUCGCCAUACCGUUCUAGUUUCCAUAACAACUCGACAACUACAGGCGUUAACGGCAAAUCAACCAGUGCUCGUGGCGGGAAAAGAUUUAGUGUAGACUCGCAACAGGACGAAGCGGAGAAUAUGCUGUGA